CACUGCCAGCAUUGAAAAAAAUUUACUUUGUUUACCUACCGCCGGCGAUUUAUUUAUAAACAAUGGCAGAUGCUUGGGACAUAAAGUCGCUGAAGACGAAGCGGAAUACGCUCCGCGAGAAGCUGGAGAAGCGCAAGAAGGAGCGCAUCGAGAUCCUCUCGGACAUACAGGAGGACCUCACGAAUCCCAAGAAGGAACUAGUGGAGGCCGACUUGGAGGUGCAGAAGGAGGUGCUGCAGACGCUGAGCUCCUGCUCCCUGGCCCUGCCCAUCGUGUCCACGCAGGUGGUGGAGAAGAUAGCCGGCAGCAGCCUGGAGAUGGUCAACUUCAUCCUGGGCAAGCUGGCCAACCAGGGGGCCAUUGUCAUCCGGAACGUGACCAUUGGCACGGAGGCCGGCUGCGAGAUCAUCUCGGUGCAGCCCAAGGAGCUGAAGGAGAUCCUGGAGGACACCAACGACUCUUGUCAGCAGAAGGAGGAGGAGGCCAAGAGAAAGUUGGAAAUCGACGAUGGCGAGCAGCCGCAGGAGAAGACCCUGAAACUAGACUCAACCGCUCGGAAGGAAUCCACCAGCCUGGACGCCCCCGACGACAUCAUGAUGCUCCUAUCCAUGCCCUCCACCCGCGAAAAGCAGAGCAAGCAGGUGGGCGAGGAGAUCCUCGAGCUGCUCACCAAACCCACGGCCAAGGAGCGUUCGGUGGCGGAGAAGUUCAAGUCGCACGGCGGAGCGCAGGUGAUGGAGUUUUGCUCCCAUGGCACCAAGGUGGAGUGCCUAAAGGCCCAGCAGGCCACCGCGGAGAUGGCGGCCAAGAAGAAGCAGGAGCGAAGGGACGAGAAGGAUGCAGAGGAGUCGGAAAAACUACCCAAGAAAGAACCUGUCGCGGAGGAUGGAGAGAUCAUACCAGAAACCAUCACCAAUUGCGAGGCCGAGUCGCAGGAGUCCACCGAUGGCAGCGACACCUGCAGCAGCGGCGAGACCACCGACAAGUGCACCAAACUCCACUUCAAGAAGAUCAUCCAGGCGCACACGGACGAGUCGCUGGGCGACUGCAGCUUCCUGAACACCUGCUUCCACAUGGCCACCUGCAAGUACGUUCACUACGAGGUAGACACUCUUCCCCACAUAAACACCAACAAGCCGACGGAUGUGAAGACCAAGUUGAGCCUCAAACGGAGUGUGGAUUCCAGCUGCACGUUGUACCCACCGCAAUGGAUCCAGUGCGAUUUGCGCUUCCUGGACAUGACGGUUCUCGGAAAGUUUGCCGUCGUGAUGGCCGAUCCCCCCUGGGAUAUCCACAUGGAACUGCCCUAUGGUACAAUGUCCGAUGAUGAGAUGAGAGCUCUGGGUGUGCCGGCCCUGCAGGAUGACGGCCUGAUCUUCCUGUGGGUCACUGGGAGGGCAAUGGAGCUCGGGCGCGAUUGCUUGAAGCUUUGGGGCUACGAGCGCGUCGACGAACUCAUCUGGGUGAAGACCAACCAGCUGCAGCGGAUCAUCCGCACGGGGCGCACUGGUCACUGGCUGAAUCACGGCAAGGAGCACUGCCUGGUGGGCAUGAAGGGCAAUCCGACCAACCUAAACCGGGGCCUCGACUGCGACGUCAUCGUGGCGGAGGUGCGGGCCACCUCGCACAAGCCGGACGAGAUCUACGGGAUAAUCGAGCGUCUCAGUCCGGGAACCCGCAAGAUCGAGCUCUUCGGACGGCCACACAAUAUCCAGCCAAACUGGAUAACGCUGGGGAACCAACUAGAUGGCAUACGACUCGUAGAUCCCGAGCUAAUCACGCAGUUCCAGAAGCGAUAUCCCGAUGGUAACUGCAUGUCGCCUGCUUCUGCAAAUGCAGCGGCGAUCAAUGGAAUACAAAAGUAG